UAGGCAGAAAUGAGUAAGAGCCAGAGCUGAAGUAGUGCACGGCGUAAUUCCUGCUCUGUGAUCCACGCUCCAAGUGAAAAAACCGGGAGAGGGGGCAGAGAGAGGCAGUGACCGGCUCAGCCUUUGCAACCGGCUCAAGACAGAACGUCUAUAGAUAUUUAUAGAUACUAAAACAAAAACAACAACCUCACCCUGAAUUGAGGUUUUCUUAAAAAGAAGGUCCUGGCAAUUCUAUCUUAUUUAAGCAAUUUCCUGAGUCUAAGAAUAGAAAUGAGCUGCCUGGAAGGCACUGCAGGCUGAAAUUUGGAGACAUAGGCUGCUUUAUUUUAUUUUUCUACAUAUAAAAACCUUUCGUUUGGAUACUGGAUUUUGAUGUGGGUUUUUGCAGCGGAGAGAUGUAUGGUUACUUUUAAUUCUACUUUUUUUCCCCCCCCUCUGUUUUAAUUUAAAAAACAAGCUUUCCAGUUAAAAAGCAAGGAAGCUGUUUUACCUGCGUGUGACAAUCCCAGAGGACACCGAUCAAGAAACAGGAGUGACUUGGUUUUCUGCACUACUUUACUCCUACCCCCAUUUAUUUUUUCGGGGGAGGGAAGGAUUUUUCCAGUCCAAGAACCUCUUGCCCCCAAGUUUUGGAAGGGGGGCUGAAGAACUGUCACCCAUCUGGGGGUGCAUGAAGGCUAUCGCUUUUCUUUCUCUGUCACCUUGGUUCUGUGGAGGCUUGGAGGAGAACUUUGCCUGGCAGAAGAGGAUGAUGUGGAAGUGGCUGGGCGCCCUGCUGCUGUUCCCGGUGCAGAUGGUGUAUCUGGUGGUGAAAGCCGCCGUGUGCCUGCUGCUGCCGCCCAAGCUGCGGGACCUGUCCCGGGAGAACGUGCUGGUGACCGGCGGGGGCCGCGGCAUCGGCCGGCACCUGGCCCGGGAGUUCGCCCGGAGAGGAGCCAGGAAGAUCAUCCUGUGGGGUCGGACUGAGAAAUGCCUGAAGGAGACCACGGAGGAGAUCAGGAUGAUGGGGACAGAGUGCCACUACUUCAUUUGUGACGUGGGGAACCGUGAGGAGGUCUACCAGCAAGCCAAGGCCGUCAGGGAAAAGGUGGGUGACAUCACCAUCCUGGUGAACAAUGCUGCUGUGGUUCAUGGGAAGAGCCUGAUGGACAGCGACGACGAUGCACUGCUGAAAUCCCAGCACAUAAACACCCUGGGACAGUUCUGGACCACCAAAGCAUUCCUGCCAAGGAUGCUGGAGCUCCAGAAUGGGCACAUUGUUUGCCUGAACUCUGUCCUGGCCUUGUCAGCCAUCCCUGGUGCCAUUGACUAUUGCACCUCCAAAGCCUCAUCCUUUGCUUUCAUGGAGAGCCUGACCCUGGGGCUGCUGGACUGUCCUGGAGUGAAUGCCACCACAGUCCUGCCCUUCCACACCAGCACAGAGAUGUUCCAGGGCAUGAGAAUCAGGUUCCCUAGUCUCUUUCCUCCUCUCAAGCCAGAGACAGUGGCCAGGAGGACAGUAGAAGCUGUUCAGAUGAACCAAGCCUUCCUGCUCCUCCCAUGGACAAUGCAUGUCCUUGUUAUCCUAAAAAGCAUUCUCCCCCAGGCAGCACUUGAAGAAAUCCACAAGUUUUCUGGGAGCUACACCUGCAUGAACACUUUUAAAGGACGAACAUAGGCUGGCACCAGGACUGCUCUGCAGUGAGCCCAGCACAAGCAUGAAAAUCCUCCAGGACUGGGAAUCAGCAGCUCUUGGCUUUCAGCCUGUUCAUGUGACUUGUGCUGCUCUGAGGCAACACAUUUCUUGCAGGUCAUAUCCAUAGUAACAUGACCUUUGCACAGGAUUGAGUGAGUGGACUAUGGACCCUUGGAAAGGAAAAAACAGAAAGUGUGAAAUGUUUCUAUGAUGUUUAAUUCCUUAGAGUUCAAUUGUUAAAUCUACUCAUAGUUUUAAGAUGUGAUUUUUGUUUCUCAAGUAUCUGGGGGCUGUCUCAGGGGAGAGGCAGCUCAUCCCAUCCCAAACACACUCUGUGCCCUCUCUCCAGAGGAGCUGCCACUGGUUUCAUUUCAGCUUUUUGAAUGGGGAACUUGAGAAUUACUUGGAAGAACUAAAAGAUACGGACGUUUCAUGGACGCUUCCUUCUCUUUCUCCACUUCCCAUCCCUGAUGAAGCUGUUCCCAGCACACACUGGGGAAGGAGCAAACCAUGAGGCAAUGUUUUCUCUGCUAAAGGCCACCCAGGACUUCUCUUUCUGGGCCCAGAAAAGCUGUUGUGCUUCCCCUCUGGAGGCUGGACAGGAAGGCUCAGGCAGCAGAGCUGAGAGUUUAAAUAGUGGGAGAUUCUUUGUGUCACUGAAUUCAUAUGUGAAAUUGUCGUUCUGAUUUUUUUUGUUGUUCAUUUCUGAUAAAAUAUAAAUAUAUUUUUAGUGUUAAUCCCAGAUUGCCACACAUGUAGGCAGCAGCACAUUGGGGAUGAACUAAAUCUAGGAACUAAAACUAGAGCCUGCUUGUACAAACAUACAUUCAUUGACACAAUCCAUGCAGAGGAAAAUCCAUUAUAUCAGUCUGCACAGUGAAGUGGAAUAAUGCUCUAAGAGACAGUGCUGUUGUGCUCAUGAGAUGUGAAUUUUGGGAGCACAUUUAGCAAAGAGCUGAUUAAAUGCAUUUUGAAUUCAUCUGGGAAUAAACCCAUUGUGCUUUAGGGACAUUGAGUCAGGCACUGAUCAGCCAAAAUGAUAAAUAUGCUUGGGCUGAGGUGCCAGAAGCAGCUAGAUAUUAUUUAUUUUUGUAGUGAAAUAUUCUCUUUGACAGCCUAGGAAGGGCAGCACUGCAUUCCCGUGCAAAAUGCAGUGAGCAGCACAUUGGAGCACUGCUAACAGAGAAAUUAAUUUAAUUGCAAUACAGGAAGUAGCAAGUCCAGCUGGAAACACCUGAAUGAAGUGCCUCAAGGGUGGAUGUGUGAUUAAAGGAGUGAAUUUAGGGCUCCUGACUCGAAUUUCAAGCUUUUCUGGAGAUGUCCUGGAUGGCUUGGGGCAAAAUGCAUCAUCUGAAGGAGCACCCUGACCUGCAAAGCAGAUAUUUCUGGUGUUUCCCUACCUCAAAAUUGCAAGUCUGACUACCUAAAUGUCUGUCAAAAGCUCAGCAAAUUCAAAUGCAACAUUUUAUAGAAAGUCAAAGCAGUAUUUGUUCAUGGACCAGGAGCUUCUAUACAGAAAUUUGGAUGAGGAAAAAACCCAUAUACUAAAAUUUAUCAUCUAAAAGACUUCUGAGGCACAGCAGAAAAGCUGUGAGCUGUGCUUAAAACACUCCUUUGGUUCUGCCACGUAGAAUGGAGACCUGCAACUGAGAUGCAAAGGUAUGAGGGUUAAAAUCAGGUCUGACCUUGCUGCAGACCAGUGGAUUUCUCCUUUCUGGAGCUCUCCCAGGGGAAGGUGCUGCCAGAAGUGUUGGGGUCCCUCUGCCUGGGUGAGUGUUUGGAGGGGCUCUCCUGCCUGAGUCAGUGCAGAGCUGUAACCUGGAGCACUGUGACACCUCUGGAUAUCUGGAAUUCCUGGAUAUCUGGAGAGGAUGAAAAGAAACUUCAAUAUCUGUGAUUCUGAGACCCACCCUAAUAGAUGCUUCAGGCUUUAUUUUUUGUCAAUUUUUUUGAGAAGCCCAUCUCACUGAAAAGUCAAGUGCCAUGAGGGGAGAACCCUUCAGGGUUCCCUCCAGGAUCUGCCUGGAAUUCUGAAGGUACCAGGUUUAUCAGGAGAGGUUGAUAUGGUGAUACCCAACUUCCCCUCGUGCUCUCUGAUCCUUUCCAGUUUCUCAUUAAUCCCAGCUGGGUGUGCCAGGCUUGUAGCUGCAAGUGCAAUCACCGGUGCUGAAAGAGCAGAGUCCCCUGGAAAUUAAACCUUUGUGCUGAGAAUUCUGUUCAUUGAUAACUUCCCAUGCAAAAAUGAGCUAAAAACACACUGGAAUCCACAUCCACCCCAAAUCCUGUCCCUUCAAUAGAUCUGCUCUUUCCCUGCAGCGCACAAAAGAUGUUGCCUAUCUCCAGGGUUGCCUUACACACUGUUGAUUUCUUUCUGAUGUUUGCUGAUGAUUUCUUUCUUUCUGAUGAAUACAAACGAGCCAGGAGGAGCUGAGGCUCAUCCUCUCUGCUCUCUCACACACACAGAGCUCCCUGUGCCUUCCCUCGGGGUCCCAGAGCAGACAGCAGGUCAAAUAGCAGCCACAGUGGGGGAGAGGCUUGCAGCAAGCAGAAAAUGAUGAGGAAAACAUUAACUUUGCUUUUCAGAUAGCAGGGAGGAGUUGGGUAAGAGAGAUCCUUCCCUGGUGAGUGUUGCAGACAGGACGGGCUCCAUCGAGCUGCAGACGUGCAUGGAGACUCUGAAAAGUUUUUUUUUAAUAGAAAGGCUCCUCUGGAAUGCCUGCUGGGGUCUGCUGGGACCUUCCCACAUAAGGGUAGGGUUGGGUAAUCUUGAAGUGCUGCAAAUGUGGACAAGCUUUGUUGAAGCCUAAGGCCUUCUCCGAGGAAUUUCCGCCCUUUGAUUUACUUUAAUUUUGAUUUUCCCCGCUCUCUCUGCUGCCUCCUGCUCUCCACUGCACAAUUACUUUUUGCCUUCUGUUUUCCUGUGUCAUCACUGCACUUAUCUGUGCCACCAUCUUGAAGCCAGAUGUCAUCCUAGAGUCUGGAGUAAAUGGAGAUUGGGGCAUUCAUUUAUUAUCCUGCUGGAGGAAUCCAGGUGAAGCUGCAGGAGCAGCUCACAGGAGUUUCAUAGGAAAUUAGUUUUACUUGCUGCAAACUCUGAAAAAGUAAAAAGAGUCCUCACUAUGGCUCUUAUCUUGCUGGAGGAAUCCAGGUGAAGCUGCAGGAGCACAAGAGUUUCAUAGGAAAUUAAUUUUACUUGCUGCAAACUCUGAAGAAGUAAAAGAGUCCUCACUAUGGCUCUUAUACAGGAGAUUAUUGCUAGUUUAAAAUUUGAAUGAUAGAGAAACAUAAGCUGGUUUGGGACAUGUUCCCUUCAC